CGUCCUACCUUCCCCAGAGGAGCUGGGACCACGGCUGCAGGUUCCGCCGCCUCGGGAACCUUCCGAGCCCUCGGUCCAGCGCGGUGGUAGUGGCGGGGGCGGCGGCGGGUCUCCCGCGCGGCCGCGAUGCUGAGCACCCGGGCUCAGGCGGCGAUGACCGCGGCGGACCGGGCCAUCCAGCGCUUCCUGCGGACCGGGGCGGCCGUCAGAUACAGAGUCAUGAAGAACUGGGGUGUUAUAGGUGGAAUUGCUGCUGCCCUUGCUGCAGGCAUCUAUGUGAUUUGGGGUCCUAUUACAGAAAGAAAGAAGCGUAGAAAAGGGCUGGUACCUGGCCUUGUCAACUUAGGGAACACCUGCUUCAUGAACUCCCUGCUGCAAGGCCUGUCUGCCUGCCCCGCUUUCAUCAAGUGGCUGGAAGAGUUUACCACCCAGUACACCCGGGAUCAGAAGGAGGCCCCUCCCCACCAGUAUUUAUCCUUAACGCUAUUGCACCUCCUCAAAGCUCUGUCCUGCCAAGAAGUCACCGACGAUGAGGUCUUAGAUGCAAGCUGCUUGUUGGAUGUCUUAAGAAUGUACAGAUGGCAGAUCUCUUCCUUUGAAGAACAGGAUGCCCACGAGUUAUUCCAUGUCAUUACCUCGUCCCUGGAAGACGAGCGGGACCGGCAGCCCCGGGUCACCCAUUUGUUUGAUGUGCAUUCCCUGGAGCAGCAGCCAGAAAUAACUCCUAAACAGAUAACCUGCCGCACAAGAGGCUCACCUCACCCCACGUCCAAUCACUGGAAAUCUCAGCAUCCUUUCCAUGGAAGGCUGACGAGCAACAUGGUCUGCAAACACUGUGAACACCAGAGUCCUGUUCGAUUUGAUACCUUCGACAGCCUUUCACUGAGUAUCCCAGCUGCCACGUGGGGGCAUCCACUGACCCUGGACCACUGCCUUCACCACUUUAUCUCCUCUGAAUCGGUGCGGGACGUCGUAUGUGACAAUUGUACGCAGAUCGAAGCCAAAGGCACGUUGAAUGGGGAGAAGGUGGAGCACCAGAGGACCACCUUUGUUAAACAACUGAAACUGGGCAAGCUGCCCCAGUGUCUGUGCAUCCACCUGCAGCGGCUGAGCUGGUCCAGCCAUGGCACACCCCUGAAGCGGCAAGAGCACGUGCAGUUCAACGAGUUCCUGAUGAUGGACAUCUACAAGUAUCACCUCCUUGGGCACAAACCCGGGCAGCCAAGCCCCAAGCCCAGUGAGGCCACGGGGCCUGCCCAGGACCUGCAGAACAGGCCGGUCGCCCCUGCCCCAGUUCUGAAUCAGCCUGCGGGCCCCAAACCACAAAUUUUUAUGAAUGGCGCCUGCUCCCCAUCUUUAUUGCCUCCCCUGCCAGCCCAGAUGCCCUUCCCGCUCCCGGUGGUUCCUGACUACAGCUCCUCCACAUACCUCUUCCGGCUGAUGGCAGUUGUGGUCCACCACGGAGACAUGCACUCGGGACACUUUGUGACUUACCGACGGUCCCCGCCAUCAGCCAAGAACCCUCUUUCAACCAGCAACCAGUGGCUGUGGAUCUCUGAUGACACGGUCCGCAAGGCCAGCCUACAGGAGGUCCUGUCCUCCAGCGCCUACCUGCUGUUCUACGAGCGCGUUCUUUCCAAGAUGCAGCACCAGGGCCGGGAGUACAGGGCAGAAGAAUGACUGCCCUACCUCAGAGCCGAUGGCAUUGUCCACGCCAGCCAGGAACCAGGCAAGAUCUGACUGUGUGUGUGUGCGCAGAUGGCCCCUGCCAGAGCCCUUCGCCUUCUGGGUGUUCUCAGAGCAGGCUCCAUAAAGGAGCUGCUGGCCCCAGUUCAAACCAAAUCCGGCCCCCUGAACAGCUUUGCAAGUGUGCACUGGGUGGUGUCCUCCCUGUGCUCCGACAGCAUUCACUCUGUCUACAACGUCUUUUUACUCAUCUGAUACAGGUAAUUAAAUGAAACCCGGUUCCGGAAGCCACCUUUUUUUUAUAUUCGGCUAUGUUAGGUGUUCUCAGAGGGGCAGUAACUUUCCCUAAUCCUCCAGUCGGUUUCAGCAUAGAUCUUUUAUUUUUAAUAAGCAGGCCCAUAAAAGGUUAAAUUAUUAAAGGCAACAAUUUAGAAGAAAAAGUGCCUUUCCCUUUCGAUUGCUUUUGUAGCACGUCCAUUCUGGAAAAUACACCUUGUCUGAGAGUCCUCGGAACAACUUUUGAAAAGCUCUGCUCCUUCCAAGUUUCUCUAUGGAGAGCAACAGGACAGCUAAAAGAUGCCUGAAGAACACCCGCCUUCUCUUUAUGUGGGUCUUUUCUAAUCUUUGGAUUUUUUCUAUGUCAUCAAAGUGCACCUGCCAAAUCUGGCCCAUCAGCUCUGAGCUGCUUGCUACUCGCUUCUGCUGUGAGCACACUGGCCGGAGGACGUGAUGAGGGUCCGUCAUCAGACUGAACAGUGGGCAGAGAGCUGUGUCUGCGCCAACCACUCUGGACAAAGCCUGUUUUUACACGAAGCCUCCCGGCACCGGCCAGAUGGACAGUUAUCUUGAAUUCUGUUGCCCCUGCAGCAUUCCCAAGGUUUGCAGGUGCCACUGGGGGCCAUGUGAGAGGACAGUCCUUGCCUGGGUUCGGGAGCUGGGGUGGGAAGGGCACGGACCACAGGGCUGCAGUUGGGCUUCCUUGUUUAGCAGAGGGAAGGCUUAAUGCUCAGCGAGCAUCCAAACCCCAGCCCUUUCCACAGAAGAAAAGAAAGUUAUCAAUUUGUAAAAAAACUAUCCUUGCCGCUGAUCAUCUAGUAUUGUCGUUU